AGCCAGCCAGCUUUGCCGAGAUGUCAGAUUUUAGCUUCCUCCGACUGCUAUAAGAACGAGCGUAUUGCUCUGCAGAAAGAACUUGGAAACAUCCAUCCUCCCCUCACUGCUUAAUAUCACACCACAUACUAUUCUACCGGUCGCCUUCCGACCCCCAAGAAUUCAUAAUGACGACCCCCAACCGCGGGAUUUCUCUCCACAUCACCAUCCACAUCGACCCGGAAAACCUGCCUAAGUUCUGGGAAGCUUUCCAAUCAGUGUACGAAAAUGUCAUCGCCGAGCCCGAGUGUACGUUUUUCGAGGUCUAUCAGUCGCCGGAGGAGCCGGGUACUUUAUCCUGGGUUGAGAAUUGGUCACAAACUCCCGAAUGGCUCUUUGGGGUCCAAAUACAGAAGCCCUACUACAAGGAUUACCUAGCCAUCACUGAGCCGAUGUUCAUCAAGCCCCGCGAAGCAAAGAUUCUCAACCGAGUCGGGGCGCCUUAUCUAAUGAUCAAGUCUACGAAUCAUGUUUAGAUAUUUAUGAAAUGGAUGCGUGCCCCGGCAUUUAGGCCAAGGGCUCUAUAUUUUCUGUUGCCUUUUUUGGUUUCGUAUUUCUUCUCGAAGGUGGGU